UACAUUUUCUUUAUCCAGCUAUUUAUGCAUUUUUCCACUCAGUGCAUUUUGCCCUGUAGCCACCAGGGGGCGACAGAUGUCGAUGACUUUCCCAACAGCAGAUGGUAUGUAACGCAAGUUGCAGCCGUCUGAAGGGAACUAACAUUAUUGUCCAAGUGCUGUGGUUUUACCUGGCUGUUUCAAACCACUGUCCCCUCUUGGGAACGUAGCUAAGUCGUCGCAGAUCUUGGUAACACAGUGAAGAGGUGGAAACUUCUGCUGCGGAAGGGUCUUGUGUCCAACAGUUCAGAGGUGACAAACACAUUUGUACCUCACAGCCACUGUUGUGUCAGAGGAAAUUAAAACACCGGUGAAGCUAUGUUCAACCCAAACAUUCACCAACAACAGCAACAGUUUCACCAACACCUGCGGCAGCUACAGCAACUUUUCCAGCAGCAGCAGCCGCCUCCACCUCCGCCUCCGCAGCCCCCUCCGGCGCAUCAUGUCGCCCACCACCACCACCAAGCACAGCGAACGAUCCCGGUGCCUCCCCAAGGUGCUCCUCCACCACGGAUGGUCAACCUGUGCCAGGCUACUCAGACUACUAUCAUCGCUCCGAACCCCAUGCUGCAGGGGGCCAUACUGAUGCAGCAGAUGCAGGGUAACAUGCGAAGCUUUGCGAUGGGUGGACAACAGUUCCGUCAAUUCUUUGCAGCUGGAGCCAGAUCCUCCCUGCUCGGACCGGUCCCCAUGGGUGUAGCCAUCAAGUCCCCCAUGAUGGGUUUUCCAGCUCCCCGACACUUCCAUCCCCCUACUCGCUACUACAAUAACACCACGACAGCGACCGCCACCUCUUCUACCACCACCACCUCCACGGACUUUGCUGCUCGUCAGCCAGACAGGAAAAGGGACAAUGAGCAGAGGGCAUCUGGGAGCGCCGAUGGUCAACAGUCAGCCAUCAGUACUAGUGACACCAACAGUAAGGCUGAUACAGACGGAGCUGAGGGAGGAGCAGACAGAUCCACACAACCAGCAGAGGAGCCGGCAGACGAACCUGCAGCCAAGAAGCAGAGGACAGAGGGGUUGGAGGAGCCAAAGGAACAGUCUGUUAUUGAGGCUGUUACUAUAACAGAGGCUGAUGUCGCUAUUCCUCCUGAGUAUAACAGCAAUACAGAGGAUGGCCAAUCUGAUGAAUGCAUCAUUCUGGAGGAAGGAGGAUCCACAGCAGGAUCUGAGGCAGUUGAGGCUCUGGAGGAGAGCAGAGCUGCUGAGGUGCACAGCGAUAUGUCCACCCCAUCACCGUGUGGCCAGCAGAGUGAGGAAAGCCAGCCAAGUACUUUGGCACCAGACGCGGCAACAGAGGGCAAAGACGCCCCUCUGGCAUCACCCGACAACCUGGAGGAAGGCAGGGAGGGAGCCAACAAGUUCUACUGCUACCUCUGCAGUAUCACCUGCCACAACCAGCAGAACUUCAGGAGCCAUAUGAAUGGCAUUUCCCACCAACAGAGGAUGAUGGAGAUACAGCACAUGAGCAAUGCCUGCCUAGUCACGCUGUUGCCCCGAGUUCAGGAGUCUCUACAGGCAGCACAAAAAGAUGGAGAAAAAAGGCCGGGCCCUCAGCGUUGGUGUGCCACCUGCCAGACUCACUUCACCAGUAACAUCACAGACCAUCGUCGCACCGAGGAGCACAAACUUGCCAGUCGAACAGCGAGCCCUUCCUGCACAGUCUGCAAGAAACACUUCAGGACCUCACAGCUUUUUGUGGAACACAUGCAGUCCCCGGAGCACAAGCAGCGAGUGGAGGAGCUUCAGGAAAAGGAGGGCUCUGACCUCUUGGUCGCUGACACAGAUGGCUGUUUGGUGGAUGAGCAGGAGGAGGAGGGCGGUGAGGUAGAAGAGCAAGAAGAAAGACAGAGUAGCGAUGGAGACCAAGGAAGCUCCCACAGUCAGGAUGGAUGGUCCGCGCUCACAGAAGUGACCCUGCAGGACAUGGCCAGUGAUGAGCAGUAUGACCCCAACACAGUCUAUGGGUCCAAUUUUUUAGUUCCAGUAGCUGGGUUUCUGUGCCGUCUCUGCAACAGAUUUUGCCAUUUCGAGUCCUCUGCCCUUCACUCGCACUGUAAAUCCCUCAAGCACUUUGAAAACCUCAAGAAAUACAGAGCCUUGCACAGCCAAUCGGAUGAAGCUAGAGAAUCUUUCCUCAGGCCAGAAAACACCACAGACUGUUUGGAUGGGAAUAGCAAACACAAUGGUUCUAAUACCGUCUCUGUUGACAAGGGUUCAGUGACAAAGUCCAUGCAGCCUAUUGUUAACAUCACCCGCCUGAAGCUGCUGUCAGACAGCCAGCAGGAGGAGAAACAACCAGCACCCACCUCACCCCCACAGCACCUCACAGACAAUUCACCUAGCACCAGCUGCAUAGACCAAGACCUCACCACCCACACCUUAGAGGAGGAGACCACAUCCCAGGACUCUGCAGCUAAGGAGAGUCCCGCUGAGUUGCUUGCUAGCAAGGUAGAGGAGCAGGUGGCAGCUGUUGAAGAUACAGAAGAAGAAAAGGAGAAAGAAACUCCUGCUGUAGCAGGAAAGAAGGCCAGCAUAGUGAAGGCAAAACCGGUGGCCAAAAGGAGGUCAGGGAGGACCACAUGCAGACGAUGAGUCACAAAAAAAGAGAAGAAACUCGGUGCAAUCACAACCUUAGGAUGGCAUUUUUCAGUAUAGGAAGAGGCUGCACCAUGCACUUUGUCAUGGAACAGACGAAGAUGCGGAAAAAACCAGCUUCCCCAUGCUGCUGGACUUUUAAAUGAAACACAUACCUAGACUUUUAACAGGUAUGCUGUGUGGAACGUGACUGUUGAGCAGAGCAGCGAGGUGAAAUUUUAGCAUGUGAUUUGCUCUCACAGGGUGGGAUAUUAACACUUGCCACCCAUUAAAUGAAAAAUGAUCAGUGGUGGGUAAGCCUCUGAAUUUUACCAGCCAGAUAGAAAACUGUCCUUGUGCAAGCUAGGCUUUUGGCCAAACCCCAGCCUCUCUUUUAGAUUAUAAUAAUUAAAAUAAAAUCCCAAUUAAGCAUCUAUGUGAGCCAUUAAAAGGUAAGCCAAGCUUAUUUGUAUCAUUUGUUUAAAAAGUUGGUACAGUUUUAUCUGAACCAGCCUUUCUUUAUUCUGUGUGAAUCAAAAAAAAAAAAAAAACCCUCUCUGUUAGCUCGAUUAGCCCUUCAUAAUAUCUGUUAUGUCAGUGAACAUACUUGAUUUUAUUUUUUUUAACAAUGGAGCAAAGGGUUUGUACAUGUUCUAAUGGCAGUAUAUUAUUGAUCCCUUCAAUCUGCAUUAACUUUUUUUUAGUUUGAAAACCCCAACCAUGAUUGAAAGUUGGUGUAUGUUUAAUUGCUUCUUGGCCCCUAAAUUUAACAAUGAUCAGGCAUUUUAAAUGUAGCUGGUUAAAAAACAAAUAAAUGAAAAAAUAAUGAAUGGCUGAUAGAUUUUGGGUGUCCACAAGCCUCUGUGGCUGGCUGACCAAAAAGUUAAUUUCCCACCCUGAUAUCCCAGGGGAUCAGGAGGAUGAUGAUGAUGAUGAUGAUAGUUCACUAGCUAGCUAGAUGAAUGAUUGCUAACAAAUUGUAAACAAGUGUGCGGAACUUUUGAGGAUGGAACAGUAAAGGCAUUUUCCACGUUGCCUAACCAUGUAGCACAAGCAUUUAGUGAGAUGGGAUGUAGACCGUUACUGCUCUGAACCAAAUUAUAAGUAUUCAAGCAGCUGGCAACUUUAUGAAGCAAUUUUGACAAAAUGGUACUUAUGCUUGAGUGUUGAGCAGGGCUGAAUCUUGAAUCUGAUCUGAGCUUAGUUGAAAUCUAAAUUGUCUAUGGCAUUUCAUCCAGAGCCCAACUGAUAACUGGAUUUUUAGGGCAGAUACCAGUAUUAGCAUGGAAAAAUUUCUGAUGUCAUUAUAUCAGCUGAUAUAAACAUAAACCCACAUUUUUUGCAGUGAUCCCUCAAAUGUGGUUAUCAAACACUUGUGACAAAGUUUAACAUACAUAACUUGAUGUAAGAAAAAGGAAUACAUUAAUUUCCUAACUACCCAAAGCAUCUUUUUCUGCAUUAUGUUCUGUAAGAGAACAUAUUGGGACAUAUCGUACAACAUAGACACCAAUACAUCUGUGUCAGGCCAAUAUCAGAUGUAUCGGUCAGGCUAAUUUCAUCUUUUUUUUCCUACAAAUUUGGGGUUCAAGAUGUCAUGUUUCGGGCAAAACAGUUUUCAGCAACUGAUGCCUUAUAAUAACUGCACUACUACACACAUUCAGACUGGACUACUUCUUUAGCUAAAAUCCCGAGGUAAUUGGGAAGCCUGUUUGCAUUAUGAAGCCGUUAAUAAUCACAACAAAAGAUGUAGGAGAUGACUGCAGAAGCUUGACAUUUGCUGGGGGAAAAUGGCCAUACAACCUUCAACUGUACAGUGAAAUGAAGAGAGAACCUUUUGGGAGCUCCUAGAUGAGGUUGUGACAGCACUUCAUCAGUGCAGGAGCCCAAAAAGAAAAUGAAUCAGGCUCUGAAUUGGAACUGUACGAGCUGUGCCCCUGGAAUCCGGCCAAGUUACUCAUGCAUUUACAAAAGGCUCUGCUAAAUCUGAGAUAUUGCUUUUCUUGAAACUGAAAAGCUUGUUAAUCAGAUAGUCAAGAAGCAUGUCUGCAGUGUUAGGCAAACACACCGCGUGCUGCUGAAGGAAGCUUUUGAACCUUGCUGCUGUCAUGACUUGAUAUGACUUGAUAAUGACUUUAAUUUUUACUUGGUAAAACUUUAUCUCUUUGACCCAAGGAGCAAAACAAAACUACUUGUGUCAGAGCUAAAAUUGCUGGUGUGAAGUUUGAAAUUACUUUUGAGGUGUUUGUUUUUGUUUUUCCCCACUGAAAAUACAUUGCAUCUUCAAACCAAGACUGCAAAUCUAAUAAUAUAAUAGAAAUGCACUGGCCUCAGAAGAGACUCUCUCGGUCAUGGAGUAACCGAGCAGGAAGAAUUGGUUUCAUGUAAAUCUGUAUUUGGUGUGACAUUUCCUCUUACAAUUGGAAAAAAAUCUCAUGGCCAGUUGUAAGGUUUGGCUGUUCUUGAACAAAUUAAUCCUCCCGUUCAUGUGUUGGGCCUAAAGCGGUGGCACAUUGACUGGCUUAUAGGUGCUUGCACAAACAUUCACAACAAACAUGACAUUGUGUGAGCUGGUAGCUGUGCUUGUUUCCCUCCCUUUCACCAUUGCAUUCAUUUUAUUUUCUUAUCUAAAUUGUAUUUGUUCCUAUACACUGGACAGAUGGACUCACAAAUGGUGAGCUGAAUGGUCCCAACAUUAGUUGCAUCAGAAAGUUUGUGAUUUUUAAUAUUUAAUGUAGUAAACCUGCAGCUCCAUUUAGAAGUACCAGUAACACAAUAGAAUAGCAUAGCCCAUAGUUAAAGUUCACACAAAUGUGUAUUUAUAAUUCUGUCUGCAGCAUUUCAGCAGUCAUAAGCCACCAUGAGGAUGCAUUUCUUCUUUCUUUGUGGUCAGUAUGCCGUUUUGAAGACAUUUCAUCCUAAUGAUAGAGAAGGAUAUUAAAACCACAGUGAACUGAUGACCUCUGUAGCAGUCCCUUGUAUUUGGGUGUGCAAACUGUCAUGUGAUUGAUGUCACAUUACAUCCUGUUUGAAAGAACAUGUCAGGGAGAUAUUUUGCCAGAUCGAUCCUUAACUGUACAUCGUUAAGUUCAGAGACCAAUGUAUGUAGCUAUGGCAAGGUUGUCCUCUUCCUGUCUGGCUCUGAAACAGACUAGAAUGGGAGAGAAAUGGACAUAAAAGGCUAGUUUCAAAUAAAGUUGUUUCUUAUUGUAUUUUUAUUCAGCAACUGACAAAAUGAGAUGAACAAACAGUGAUGUUUUCUAACUGCUGUAGGUUUCAUGUAUUUUUGGAUGUUUGUUUUCUGUUCUGGGGUCAUUUUAAUUUAUAUUAAAAUGUCUGACAAUUUCCA